AUGUCAAAGACCCGAUUCGCACCUCUUAAGGAACUUACAUUACCCAAGCUAGAAUUGAUGGCAGCAGUCAUUGCUGCGCGUCUCACAAAUCACAUCUUACAGUCAAUUGCUACCGAGUCUGUACAUUUAUGGUCGGACAGUCAAAUCGUCUUAUAUUGGUUAGAUACCUCAAAACAGCUAAAGAGAUUUGUCCAAAACAGAGUAUGUGAGAUACACGAACUGACAGACAACCGGAAGUGGAAAUACUGUCCAACUAAUGAUAAUCCCGCUGACCUGCUUACACGUGGCGUAACAUCUUUAGAGUAUUUAAAAAGUAUACUUUGGAUGAAAGGUCCUUCAUGGUUACAUGACCAUUACAGAUGGCCAAAGUGGGAGAUAACCGACAGUACCGUGUUAACGACAACAGCAGAACUGCAAUACGAUAACAACAGCUGUAACAUACAAACAUGCUCUUCAUUAGAAAACACCAUCGUGGGAUUAAAUGGAAUUCAUAACAUAAUGGAUGUCAACAGAUUCAGUAACUACAGGAAGUUGCUACGAGUCACAGCAUACGUUAUGCGAUUCAUUGACAAGUGCAGAUCACCAAGAUGCUCAGCCAACCUUGAACUACUCACCGUUCACGAAUUACAGCACGCGGAAAUAAUGUGGAUCAGAAGCUGUCAGAGUGUAACAUUCCAUAAUGAAAUAGAUAAUAUGGACUCCAAAGGGACUCGAUUACCUUUAGUCAGACAGCUACGACUAUUAAAAGAUGACACAGGAAUUAUUCGAAGUGGCGGGAGAAUCCAUAAUGCACCACUCGAUAUGUUGACCAAAUUUCCCUAUUUACUUCCGGCUAAACACCCCUUCACACGGCUACUCAUUCAAGAUGCACAUGGGAGUCAAUUACAUGCUGGGAUUAGUGGUACCAUCACCCACUUACGUCAGAAAUUCUGGAUACCAGCGAUCCGCCAGGCUGUGAAUUGCGUAAUCCGGAAGUGUGUUAAAUGCCGCAAGGUUACCGGGAAACAGUAUACAGCACCUGACCCACCACCGCUACCAAAGAAUAGAGUAGAAGACACUCCGCCAUUCACUGUCACAGGAGUUGAUUUCACUGGGGCAUUGUAUGUAAGAAAGUACGACGGAAGUGAGUCAAAAACUUAUGUUUGUCUUUUCACGUGUGCUUCUACUAGGGCUGUCCACCUUGAAUUAGUACAUGAUCUAUCAGAGGAAUCCUUUAUGGCGGCAUUUAGACGAUUCACCAGCCGGAAGUCACUCCCACGCAUCAUGAUUUCAGACAACGCUACGACGUUCAACGCUACGGCACGCAAUAUAAGAGAGCUGACGCAAUCCAGAACUAUUCGUAGAACCCUCAACAAUGGAGGAACUGAGAGCAGAUUCAUACCUAAACGAGCUCCAUGGUUUGGUGGUUGGUGGGAACGGCUAAUUGGAUUUACUAAAACCACCAUAAAGAAAGUUCUAGGUCGUUCAUUUGUCACCUUCGAGACACUACAAACGUUGGUUACAGAAAUAGAAACCAUUAUGAAUGACAGACCACUUACAUAUGUCUCAUCUGAUUGUACCGACCUACAACCCCUGACGCCAGCCCAUCUACUUUACGGUCGGAGAGUUAAUUCCCUUCCAUACCAAGAGAUUGCGGAAAAUGUUGAAACCGACAUAAAUUUAGGUAACUAUACAGGAAUCGCGAAGCGCGCCAAAGUACAAGCGAAUCUGAUUCGCCACUUCCGGGAUAGAUGGCGCCACGAGUACCUUACCAGUUUGCGAGAACAUCAUCGGAAGACAGGUAACAACAAACAGACGAUCGAAGUUGGUGAUGUCGUACACAUUCAGGAUGACGCUCCGAGAAACCAAUGGAAGCUUGGAAUUAUCACAGACCUAAUCACCGGAAAUGAUGGCCUGACACGAGCAGUGAUGUUGCGUACCAAGAACGGACAUGUGACUUCAAGACCUAUAGUGAAGUUGUAUCCAUUAGAAUUAAUUUCACACGAUGAACCAUAA